CUUUAAAAUGCAGAUUGCUCACUUUAGAUAUGACACCGUUCCGUUAGAUGUCGGAAUCUCUGUUUAAAUUGAGCCGUGAGCUUUCCCAAUGUAGACAGGGCUCCUGGAAACGUGGCAGUGUCCCCCCUGCAGCUGCAGAGCGAGACAGGAGAGUUUGUUUUUGUGAAUGAGCAGUUGUAGCGCGAGGUGGCUGUUGCUUGGUGACGGUGAGGCUCCCCCGGCCCCGCCCAUCCCCCCGUGCAGACGUCACGCGGGGGGAAGGCGGUUGGGAGGAGAAGUCGCCCGAGCGGGGAAGCGGCCGUUAGGAAAAUGGCGCCGUGCGGCCCGGGGCAGACACCCGCCACUGGGCACCGCCGCCUUCAUGGCGCAGCCGCUGUGUCACGGCCACACCGGCCGGCUGUACAGCAGCCAGGAGCCGGUGAGCAUUCUGGAGGCGGAUGGGGUAAAGGGCCUGCUUGGGAACUCGUCGGCCGCCGGGGUGGUGGAGUUCUACUGGUCGUGGGGCGGCCCCUGUGUCAACUAUGGGGCCACCUGGAAGGUACUGGGCCCGGGAGGUGAAAGGACAGCAAGAGACCACAAGACAUAGGAGCAGAAAUUAGGCCACCAGGUCUGCUCAUUCCAUUCAAUCGUGGCUGAUAAGUUUCUCAGUUACAUUCUUCUGCUAUAAGCAAAGUGAAAAUGGAGGGAGUGAGUGUGGGAUGGAGAUUUUUAGCUUCCGGGGAAUAAGAGAGGAAAGAGUUCACUAUAAAUUGGAAUUUAUGAGAUCGGCUGAUGAACCGAGGAGUGUCAGUUGGAGUUUAAUUUAGAGAAAUCAGAGAUUUGCAUUUUGGUCAAGCGAUCCAGGCAGGACUAACACAGUUAAGGGGAGUGUUGCAGAAUAAAGAGACCUUGGAGUGCUGGAGUCUCAGGU